GAAAUUCGAAAAACAAGUAUUCAGGAGGUGAACAAUGGCCUGGAUGGACUCCAGCAACACCAGGAGAUGUGCAACCUGCAGGUCCAGCAGUUUGUGCGAACCAAAGCACAGCUAGAGAAGUGGACGCAGCUCGUGCAGGCUCAGCCAGAGUACACCAGCAAGCUAGAGCAGGGCAAGCAGGAGUAUACUACACUGUACCAUAACGUGUUGAGCCAGCAGACGAGAAUACGCAGCGAGCGACUGGAGAUUGCGGUCAAGCAGAGCGAGAUGCUGACCCAGCUGGACGAGCUGCAGACGUUCGUCGAACAGGAGCUGGAGCGGUGGAAGGCCAAGCAGAAACAAAAGAGCAUCGGCAUGGUGGUGGACGAGAGUCUCGACCAGACGCAGCAGUGGUGUGAGCAGCUGGCCUACUACACGUGGACGUGUCGGCAGUCGAUACUGAAGGCGGACGGCAUACGUAAGAUGACUGCCACUGGAAAUCCGACGUGCAUAUGA